GACCAGUAAUUCAAAAUUUGAAUAUGCAAAAAGAAGCUCCAAAAGAAUUUAAUGUGCAACCAUAUCUUUGGGGAAUGUGGGAGGAAUUGAGAGAUAUAUUGCAAAUGGCACGCGAUCUUACUAUUCGUCUUCAGCGUGAAAACAUCACAGCAGGUGAAUUCCUUUUUGAUUGGAAUUCAAUAAAGUGUAAACUAGACGGGAAGGACAGCGACUUAGCCAAAGAUUUCCGGAAUGGAAUGGAUAAUAGAGAGAGCGCACUACGCGAAAAUUCGUUGUUUCUUGCAGCAGUUUACGUGGAUAUUAGGCAUGGCUGUAUCCUGACAGCGACUGAAGACAAGAUAGCUGCAGCUGAUGGACUUUGGAAAAUUAAUUACAAACUGAUUCAACUGGCUAAUAAAAAUAAGAACGAUGAACUGAACAAAACCAAAAAUACAAUAGCGUCCAACUCUUUAACAGUUUAUAUUGCAGACUCUAGUUCAGAAAAUGAGGAAAAUGCUUCACCAGUCGCAAAGCGACGACCGAAUUUAUUUAUGCUGUGUGAACAGGAGAUUGAAGAGAAUUCUUCAGAAGAACAAAUGCAGAUUCAGCUAAAUGUAAUAGAAACGGAGUUUCGACAAGCUCUAAAAACGAUUCCGGAAAUUCGUUCAAUGUUUAAAGACAACUCCCCCAACUUAGACGAGUUUUUAAAACUUAACCCAUUAAAAGCAAUUUAG